AUGCUAUUUUCAACUUCCCUUGUGGCAAUUGUGGGUGUUGGUAAUAAACCAACUACAUCACCAAGAAGAUUAAGAAUAUUAAACACCAAGAAAAAGACGAAUAUUUGUGAGUUAACAUUCCCUACUGCUGUGCUAUCCAUCAAAUUGAAUAGGAAAAGACUUGUUGUGGUAUUGGUUGAUCAAAUUUAUAUUUAUGAUAUAAGUUGUAUGAAAUUAUUACAUACAAUUGAAACUUCACCAAAUGAAAAUGCACUUUGUGAUUUAAGUUCAAGUGAUGAUUCUAUCUUAAUUUAUCCAGCACCAGGACCAAAUGUUGCAUCACCUUUUAGCGUUAAUGAUCAUACUCUUAAUAAUAAUAAUAACAGUAAUAAUAGUAAUAAUAAUGGUGGGAAUAGUAAAAGGUCAUCAACUGAUAGUACACAUGAAGUUGGUACUGUGGUACUUUUUGAUGCAUUAAAUAUUGCUCCUUUAAACAUCAUUAAGGCGCAUAAGACUCAAUUGGCUUCAAUUUCAUUAAACAAUAACGGAACAUUAUUUGCAACAGCAUCUAAUAAAGGUACAAUCAUUAGAAUUUUCAAUACUAUAAGUGGUAAUAAAGUUCAUGAAUUUAGAAGAGGUUCAUAUUCUGCAUUGAUACAUAAAUUAACAUUUAAUUUAAGCUCAACUUUAAUAGCUGCUACAUCUGAUACAGAAACUGUUCAUAUUUUCAAAUUACAAUCAGAUAAUGAUCUUAGUGGGAGUGGUAGUGGUAAUGAUCUUUUCAGUAGUGGUGAAUUGAUUGAUGAAGGGGUUGGUAAUUCCACAGGAACUAAUAAUGACGAUGGUAAUAAUAAUAAUAAUCAAUCAGAUGAUAAUUUAGAUGAGCUAGAAGAACGUAUCAUUCCAAAAGCUAUAAAUUCCAAUUCCAAAAUAGAACCAAAACGUCAACCAUCAAUUGCCGAUAGAAUAUAUCAAAAUUUACCUAAAAACAUUUCAUCAAUUCUUGAACCUCAACGUGAUUUUGCAUAUCUAAGGACACCAAAUCCACACAAGAUCAAAAGCGUUGUAGGGUUCAAUGGGAAGAAUGUACUUGUCGGUAGUACUGAUGGCUCACUCUAUGUACACACAAUCCCACCAAGAGGAGGUGAAUGUGUCUUGGUGAAGCAGUAUACUUUUGAUUCAUGA